AUGAAGCCGAGCUUACUAAAGCUGUUCCUUGGCUUCAGCGGCUUGGUCAGCUUGGCCAAAAGCAACAGUGAUGAGCCGACGAUCACCUACGAGCAGCUGUAUACGGCCGGGAAGCAAGCCUAUACGAAGAAAGAAUGGACGGAUUGUGUUGGGUUUAUGCGGCGGACCGUCGAGGAUUAUAACUACUACAACGACGAGACAAUUUGGUGUCGAGAGAUGUGCGAAAUGAAGUACCCGUCCAGCGCCGAGGCCUCCGGAAUGGCCCUCACCCAUCUGACGGCCCAAAAGGCGCUCUGCCUCUUUAGGUGUAAAGUGGAGCGACUCGGCGAAGACCGCCCUCCCCCGCAGCGCCAUCUCCUCUGGUUCGAGCUCGAGGAGCGCGAGCCCUACCGAUACAUGCACAUUUGCUAUUGGCAUCUUGGCGACCUGAAAAAUGCUGUAAAAGCGGCGUACACGUACCUCGUGCGAAACCCCGAGCACCAGGAGACCAUUGAGAAUUUGCAGUUCUACAUGAAGCAAGAUGACUACGCGGCCGAGAUGCUCGACGAUUUUCAGAGGAAAGAUUAUGAGACCCUUUACAUGGACGGCGUAAACGCGUAUCACAAUUCGGAUUGGUUCGGCUGUAUCGAUCGGCUGGAGCGAUCGCUGGAAAAGGUGCUAAAAGAAGAGCAGCGAUGCCGGCUGGAUUGCCAGGACAAGAUUGAUUGGAGCAGCGUGGAGGGCACGCUCGAGAUGGACAUCAUUGAGACGAGCAUGAAAGCAUCGGUUCUGCGCUGUGCGCACGGCUGCUUCGACCGUUUGGGCUGGGUGAAUGGCCGGAAGGUCGGUGGGCACAUCAUCUCGGCACACUUUGAAUACAUGCACAUGUGCCAAUAUCAAGUGAUGCGCGGGACAGACGCUUGUAUCUCGGUGGCCAACUAUCUGCUCUUUGACAACUCUCCGGCGAUGAGGCGUAAUCGCUGGGCGUACGAGAUGCAGUACGGAAAGCCGGAGCUGUUUAGACCGGAUCAGAAAUACGUCGACAUCCACCGAAAAAUGAUCCUCGAGCGGCGACUGCUCAACUAUAUUGAACGCGAAUUUAAGGUGUCGAAGGCUAGUCAGAUGGCUGCCGAGAGUGGAAAAGAUCGGGAAAAAUGGAAUGAAGAUGUCGACGACAAGGAUCAUUUCCCCUACGGGGAAGUGGGGAAAUUGCUGACGGACGGCGAGUGUCGCGUGCUCCGCGCCCCGAUCCAAACCCAUUUGACCGAUCUGCUCGUCGAAGAGUUGACAAAGCGGUAUGACGGUGUUGAUUGGAAAGUACGGAUCGAGUUUGCCAUGUUCAUCUACACCACCGAAAACCCCGAA